CUGUGCUAUUCUUCAUCAUCGUCCUAACCAUCACAAUCGAGGGCACCUGCCGCAGAAGGAACAAGUGAAUCUGCUCUCCUUAUCGUCUUAAUCCACUCAUUAUCUCAAAUCCCUAAUUCUACGGAGCAAAUUCCCUUUACAAAACCAGUGAUGUGAUUAGAGCCAGAAAUGGCGGUUCAUCUGAGUCAGAUCUGCGGCAUACUUUGUGUGCUAUUGCUGGUAACGGGAUCGUGUGUGUUUUCACUGGUACACGGGCACUCCGAUGGGGAUGCGCCGGGACAAUGCAGCCACGGACACGACCACCACCAUCACCACCGCCACAGCGGCGAGGCGGCAGCCCACGACCAUUCUCAUCACCAGUGUAGCCAUGGACACCACGGGGGCGCUGAUGUGAAGAAAAGGAAGCUGCUUCCCGAGGAAUUGGCUGAAGAGGAAGAUUUGAAGAUGUACGGAUUUUGGGAACCCGAUGAAGACCAUCACCUUCAUCAUCAUGCCCAUGCCCAUGUUGAGUCUGAGCUCUCCGGAAUUGGCCUUUGGCUACAUGCAAUGAGUUGCUCCCUAUUGGUGAGCUUGGCUUCCCUCGUUUGUCUGUUCAUUUUGCCUAUAUUCUUUUUAAAUGGGAAGCCAUCCAACACAAUAGUAGAUUCUUUCGCAUUAUUUGGGGCUGGAGCUAUGUUGGGCGAUGCUUUUCUCCACCAAUUGCCUCAUGCUUUUGGUGGAAACCACUCCCAUUCAGAGAGCCAUGUGGACCAUUCUCAUGAUCACGGCCAUUCCGGACAUUCACAUUCUCAUUCAUUGAAGGAUCUGUCUGUUGGCAUAUCCAUAUUGGCUGGAAUUUUUCUUUUUCUUAUUGUUGAGAAGCUUGUGAGGUAUGUGGAAGAACGGUCUGGAGGAGCUAAUGCAUGGGGUCAUGGCCACCAUCAUCAUAAACAAAUUAAGAAAUUGAAGGUUGAUAACAAUCCUGAUAAUGAUGAUCUUCAGGGUCUACCUCAUAAGAAAACUGGAAGUUUGCCAGAAGACAAGGAAUCUGGUGGAAGUUCAACUGAUAGUCAAUCUGCUAAGAUACUUGAUCGAGAGGACAGCAAAAAUGCCGUUCUCCGGAAGAGAAACAUUGGUGUUGAAAAUGCUGAACUUGAAAAUAGUGGAAAUGCUUCGAAAGUCUCUGAAGAUGAGGCUAAAUCCACUAAAGAUGAAGAGCCUGCCAAAUCACCAUCAAGUAUGGUGUUUGGUUAUCUCAACCUCGUCUCUGAUGGUGUUCAUAAUUUUACUGAUGGGAUGGCAUUAGGUAGUGCUUUCCUUCUUUAUGGAUCAGUUGGUGGGUGGUCUCGAACUUUGUUUCUGCUCGCACACGAGCUUCCUCAGGAGAUAGGUGACUUUGGAAUCUUAGUAAGAUCCGGUUUCAGUGUUUCCAAAGCCUUGUUUUUCAACUUCUUAUCUGCACUGGUCGCUCUCGCUGGAACUGCGCUGGCAUUGGUGGUGGGUCAGGAUCCAGGCCAAUCAUCGUUGAUUGAGGGGUUCACGGCGGGCGGGUUUAUUUACGUUGCAGUGGCGGGAGUGCUGGCAGAAACAAACGGGGGAGGCCGCUCAUCGUCCAUAAGGAGUGGGGCCAUUCAACUGAUUUCUCUGGCAUUAGGCAUGUCAGUGGCUCUUUCAAUCUCUCUUAUUGAGUGAUGUUUUUUUUUGCUCAAUGCUAUCUUCACCAAUGAAUUUGGUGGUGGGAUGUACAAUAUGCUUUGUAGCAAAUGUUUGAUUACUUUAGCUUAUUAUGUCUUAUUAAUACUCCAUUUGGUAAAGAAACGUAGAUAUAAUUA